CAGUACGGCGGAAAGCGGCGCUCCACAGGAAAUGCCACGUGUACCAAGUGCGCAUGCGCGCUGUCCGUGUUCCGCUCGACUUCCGCUGAGAGGAAGGCGCUGUUUAUCACCGCGACGCUCGGCAGCGCGAGACAGAGAAUGACCGCAGCCGCGGGCCUGUGAGACGCUCGCUGACCGAUCCGACUUCACGAUGUCCAGCGGCGGCUUCGCGUCACAGAACGGCGCCGGAGGCUCGCACGCGAACGGUCCGUUGCAGAACCCCGUUGGUGUUUUCCCCUGUAACCAGCGCUUCAUGGCACCGCCGCAGCCGGGCUUCAUCAACACCCUGCCGAGCAAAGGCCCUCCGCCGGCCGGCCCGAGCCUCUACAGCAGCAGCAGCCGUCCCCAGCCUUCACCCGUCGGCACGCUCAACCACAGCAGCUACUCCCAGCAUCCUCAGCAGCCCAUCAACCACAGCAGCUACUCCCAGCAUCCUCAGCAGCCCAUCAACCACAGCAGCUACUCCCAGCAUCCUCAGCAGCCCGUCUGGAGCCACGCAGGGAGCCACGUCAGCCCCGUCCCGCCAGUGAUGCACCGCAGCGGCACCAGCGCUCCUCCUGUCCUCCUCAACACUGUGCAGCCACGCGCACCCUCUGUGAACACUGCUGCUCUGACUGCUCCUCCUGCGCUGAAUGUUAUGGCUCCCCCUCAGACGUUUGGUCCUCCUCUUCCUCCUCCUGCAGUCGGUCCUCCUCUUCCUCCUCCUCCAGCGGCUGUGAGAGGAACACCUCCUCCUGCACACAGCGACGGAGUGUUCCCCGCUCUCCCCGGUCAGAUGCAGCGGCCGCUGGCCAGCUCUUACCCCUCACUGCAGCCGGUCUAUCAGAACGUGUCCGGCAUGCAGACACAGAUGCAGAUGCAGACGCAGCUCUACCCGCAGCUGAGCCCCUCGUUAGCAUCAUUAAGCCUGCAGUCUCAGCCUCCAGAGGCGCUGAGGGUCAUUAACCUGCUGCAGGAGCGCAGCCUCCUUCCUGCGGGAAGCGUGCCGCCGCCGGUGCCCUGUCUGCCGCAGGACCUGCAGAAGCUCAGCUGCAGCCCAGAGGUGUUCCGCUGUACUCUCACCAGUAUCCCGCAGACGCAGUCUCUGCUGAACAAGGCCAAGCUUCCCCUCGGCCUGCUGCUGCACCCCUUCAAAGACCUCUCUCAACUGCCGGUGGUGACGUCCAGUAAUAUUGUGCGCUGCCGCUCCUGUCGGACCUACAUCAACCCAUUCGUGACCUUCCUGGACGCUAGAAGAUGGAAGUGCAACCUGUGUCACCGAGUCAAUGAUGUUCCAGAGGAGUUCAUGUAUAAUCCGGUCAGCAGAUUGUAUGGAGCGCCUCACAAAAGACCAGAGGUGCAGAACGCCACCAUCGAGUUCAUCGCCCCGUCAGAAUACAUGCUGAGGCCGCCGCAGCCCGCUGUUUACCUCUUCAUCCUGGACGUGUCUCAUAACGCGGUGGAGACCGGAUAUCUGGAUGUCUUCUGUCAGACGCUCCUGGAGAGCCUCGACUCGCUUCCCGGAGACACUCGGACGAAGAUCGGCUUCAUCACGUUCGACAGCACCAUCCAUUUCUACAACCUCCAGGAAGGCCUGUCGCAGCCUCAGAUGCUCAUCGUGUCAGACAUCGACGAUGUGUUUCUGCCGACGCCGGACAGCCUUCUGGUCAACCUGAGCGAAAGCAAAGAGCUGGUCCAGGAUCUGCUGGCGAGUCUGCCGCAGAUGUUCGGUCAGACGAUGGAGACGCAGUCUGCUCUGGGUCCGGCGCUGCAGGCUGCCUUCAAGCUGCUGUCUCCCACCGGAGGACGCAUGUCUGUGUUCCAGACGCAGCUGCCAACCAUCGGCAUCGGCGCGCUCAAGCCCAGAGAAGAGCCCAGCCACAGAGCCAACGCCAAGUGUGGUUUGUGUCUGUGGAAACUAACGAUCGAUCUUUCAUCUCCUCCCGAAGGCUGUAUAUCCAGGUACUCGGCUGGAAGCGUCUAUUUCUACCCUUCAUACCACAAGCAGCACAGCCCGCCUCAGACAGAGCGUCUCCAGAAGGAUCUCAAGAGAUACCUGACGCGCAAGAUCGGCUUCGAGGCUGUCAUGAGGAUCCGCUGCACUAAAGGUCUGUCCAUACACACCUUCCACGGGAACUUCUUCGUGCGCUCCACAGAUCUGCUGUCUCUGGCCAACGUGAACCCCGACGCCGGCUUCGCCGUGCAGAUGAGCAUCGAGGAGAACCUGCUGGACCUGCAGACUGUGUCCUUCCAGGCCGCGCUGCUCUACACCUCCAGCAAAGGAGAGCGGCGGAUCCGUGUGCACACGCUGUGUUUGCCCGUGGUCACUUCUCUGUCGGACAUCUUCGCUGGAGCCGAUGUCCAGGCCAUCACGGCUCUUCUGGCCAGCAUGGCCGUGGAUCGCUGUGUGACGGCGAGUCUGAGUGACGCUCGUGACUCUCUGAUCAACGCUGCGAUCGACACGCUGGCGUCCUACCGCUCCUCAGUGCUGACCGUCCCUCAGCCUGGCCUGCUGACCCCCGCCUGCCUGCGCCUGCUGCCGCUCUACAUCCUGGCCCUGCUCAAACACAAAGCCUUCCGGACGAGCGGCGGCCGGCUGGAUGAGCGUGUGUUUGCCAUGUUUCAGCUCAAGCAGCAGCCGCUGGCCUUCCUCCUGAUGAUGGUGCAUCCGGGCCUGUACCGCGUCGACCAGCUCACAGACGAGGGGGCUCUGAACAUCAACGAUCGCAUGAUUCCUCAGCCCAGAGCUCUUCAGCUGUCUGUGGAGAAGCUGAGCAGAGACGCUGCGUUCCUCAUGGACUGCGGCACCGUCAUGUAUCUGUGGGUGGGAAGAAACUGCAGCCCGGUGUUCCUCACACAAGUGCUGGGAGCGGACAGUUAUGCUGACGUUCCUCUCAACAUGAUCCAGCUUCCAGAGCUGGACACGGCCCAAUCUUCACGACUGCGAGCAUUCGUCGACUGGCUGAGAGAACGCCGGCCGUUCCACGCCGUCCUGCACGUCAUCAGAGACGAGUCUCCGCUCAAGACUGAGUUCAUGCAGAACAUGAUCGAGGAUCUCAGUGAAUCCGCUCUCUCCUACUACGAGUUCCUCCUGCACCUGCAGCAGCAGAUCUCCAAGUGAUCCCACAAUGCCCGGCUGGAGCCAGACGCAGACCUGCUGUCAAUAAAGUCCCGUCUGUGUCACACUACAGCUGUUUGUGAGGAGUGAUGCUUGAGUCUGUAGCGCAGACACACGGGUGACGUCACAUGAGCGCAGAUCCUUUCAAAUUUAUCGCCUUUUACUAAAAAACAAAAAUGUAGGAAAAUGGUUUCUUAUGAAUUUCUUACGA